UUGUUUAUUAUUGUUAUUGUUUCAUAUGAAUAAUAAUGUGCUGCAUAUAGAUGUGUGGCUGUGAUCCAUUCACAUGGCAGAUAAAUGAAUUCCUUGUGGAAUAAAAAUACCCACUGAAAUAUUCACACGAAAGAGUGGAAUACUUUCACAAAAGAAAGCAGAAGCUGUAGUCAGUUUUAGGCAGCCCAUUAAGGAAUAGUGUAGUUUUUGUUUCAUUUAGAAUAUCACCCAUGAGGUCAAUACGAUUGUUCCCAUUGUUAUUUUCUACAUUUUUCUGUCAGUUGUCCAAAGGGUUAGGGAAAUGAAUUACGGUAAUGGCAAGGGCAGUGAACCAUACAAAAGUUGAAAACAAUAUCAGCUGCGUGGAUCUGUCAGUUGAAAAUGUGCUGGGCUGGCCUUUGUUUAUGGUUACUGGAAGGAGAGCAGGCGGCAAAAAAAACACACAAAAACUUGAGGGUAUUUAAAUUCAUUGCGCAGGAAACUAGGUUAGAAAAAAAGUGUUGGUUUUCACACAGACCUAUUUUCAUAAGUUCUCCUUUAGAGUGAAGACGUAGGGGGAAGUUGUCUAGUUUUCCACCCAAGCACCUCAAUACAUGUACCCCCUUUUUUUUAGAGAGAGGGGAGAAAAAAUAACCAAAGUUGUAUAAAGGAGAGGCUGGUGGCAGAGUGUAGAGGAGUAGCAUAUGGCUGUAAAAGGAGCACAGCUGGAGGUAGCAUUUCCAUCUGAACAUGAUGUCAGAGCAGCUGACAGGCUGCCAUCCCCCAGUCUUUUAUUCUAAUGCACAGACUGGGAGUUAGUGUGUGUGCGGAUCUGUGUGCAGGAGGAGGUAUCUCAUUCCCCUCCAACAUCUCCUCCGCUUUGCAUCUGUCUUCCACAGUUUGCAUUUUUCUUUCUCCUACCCCCUCAUUGAUUCUGCAAAAAAGCUGCAGCCGGCCCAGCUUUUCUACUACAGUGGACUUAAUCAAGUUGAUGCAUACUGCAGGUUAUGAAGACAUCAUGGAGUUCCCAGACCACAGCAGACAUUUGCUACAGUGUCUGAGUGAGCAGAGGCAUCAGGGUUUCCUUUGUGAUUCCACUGUGCUGGUCGGCGAUGCCCAGUUCCGGGCCCAUCGAGCAGUGCUGGCUUCAUGCAGCAUGUACUUCCAUCUCUUUUACAAGGACCAGCUGGACAAAAGGGACAUUGUUCAUCUGAACAGCGACAUUGUUACAGCCCCAGCGUUUGCUCUCCUGCUGGAGUUCAUGUACGAGGGGAAGCUCCAGUUCAAAGCCCUGCCCGUGGAGGAUGUGCUGGCUGCUGCCAGCUUCCUCCACAUGUACCACAUUGUCAAGGUCUGCAAGAAGAAGCUGAAGCACAAAGCCACUGCGGAGGCAGACAGCACCAAGAAGGAGGAGGACGCUUCCAGCUGCUCUGACAAACUAGGGAGCUUCUCCGAGGGCAGCACGGGCCAACCAGCCACAGCUGACCUAUUGCCCAGUGACGAUGAGGACCUGGAGUCCAAGCAGGACCCCAGUAGCCUGUGGAUAAGGCUACCCACUGACCGGGCAGGCACCCCGGCCACUGCCACCAGCCCAGGGGAAGAUGGCAGUCCCCCCAAGCUGCAAUCCCCAACUGGCAGCCCCAGCAGCUCUAUAGGCUCCCUGUCCCGGAGGUCUGUGGGCUCCCGUGGCUCCCGCAGAGUGUCGUCGGAUGCAGACUGUGUCCUGGACUUGUCUGUGAAGUCCAGCCUGACUGGGCCCAGCGAGGCCUUGUCCAAUAACCCUUACUUCUGUGGUGUGGUGAUGCCAGAUAGCCUGCAGGGCACCCUGGUCCAGGUGAAGCAGGAGAAGAACACGGGCUCAGACCAUGAGGACCUGGUGAGUGGUGACUACGAGAUGGACCACAGCGGGCCCAAAGCCACCCCUCCCAGAACCAACGGAGGUCUGAACCACCACUUGGUCAGCAGCCAUGCUCACAGACGCCUGGAGGCCCACCUGUCAGCCCUGCGUGAUGCCACCCUGGCCAGUGAACUGGAGCGUGACGACAAGGUCAGCAAUAAUGACAUGCUGGGUGGAGAGAGUGAAAGGGCCCAGGUUGAGACGGCCAGCAUCGACAGCACCCUGCUGCCCUACGUGUCUAAUAUGCUGAACGCCCCUCACACUCAGAUCUUCAUGUGUCCGCUGUGCAACAAGGUGUUUCCCAGUCCGCACAUCCUCCAGAUCCACCUCAGCACACACUUUCGCGAGCAGGAAGGCGUGCGCGCCAAGCCCGCCAGCGACAUCAACGUGCCCACCUGCUCCAUCUGCGGCAAGACGUUCUCCUGCAUGUACACCCUGAAGCGCCACGAGCGGACUCACUCUGGAGAGAAGCCAUACACAUGCACCACGUGCGGUAAGAGCUUCCAGUACUCUCACAACCUGAGCCGGCACGCCGUGGUGCACACCAGAGAGAAGCCGCACGCCUGCAAGUGGUGCGAGCGGCGCUUCACCCAGUCCGGGGACCUGUACCGCCACAUCCGCAAGUUCCACUGCGAACUGGUCAACUCGCUCUCUGUCAAGAGUGAAGGCCUCAACCUACCCACCCUCCACAGGGACUGGACCAUAGAGGAUAGUUCUCAAGAACUGUGGAAGUGAAGCCUGCUGAAAUAAUCAGGACUCCUUUGUUUUUAAGCUAAAUGAGUGAGGUGUCAGUGAAGGUUGGGCAGAGAGGUAAGGGAGUUGGAGCACGGGUUGUGGGUAGGUUGGGCAGAGAGGUAAGGGAGUUGGAGCACGGGUUGUGGGUAGGAGAGGGGUCUGAUUUAGUCAUGUUUCUUGUACGUACAUUACCAAAUCUGGUUAAAUGGCACUUUAAUAGAACAUGAAGAUGUUACUACUGUUUUCAGUUCCAGUCCUUCGUUCUGUUCUAAUCUUUUAUUUGUUCAGAUUUAGUUCAAUAUAAAAAAACAUGGGCGCUGGUAUCAACAGCCAGUGUUAUGUCAUCUUCUUGUGUAUAGAUACACUCCUUAAUCUAAGGCACACCUUCAACGACAACCAUAUGAAGUGUUCAGGUAACACACUGACGUUGAAGAUUAUUAGAAUACACUAAACGGGUACUGCUCAUCAAUUUAUACCAGUACACAUAUGUGUGUGUGUAUUAAUAUGUGUGUAUAUAGUGCACUAUAUUUUUAUUAUCAAAUUUCAUUGGUGUGUGUGUGUGUGUGUGUGUGUGUUUAAGGAAACUGGAAAGAGGUCUUCUCUAACAAGCUUCUGCUCCUUAAGCUCUUGACUGAUGAAAGACAUAUGGCACUCAUGCAAUGUACAGCUUCCUUUUUCACAUGAAUUCAAGUAUUUUCUAAAAUUCUUUAUGAAUGAUUAUUAUACAAUUUCUUAAAUCUAUCUGCUGCCUUUAAACAUCCCUUUAAUUUCAUUUGGCUGUAUCCUAUAGGUUUCUGUAGUGAUUAUGGAUUUAUUUUUGGAAAAUGGGAUCUGAUAUUGCAUGAAGUCCAACCUGUAUAUUUGAAAUGUGAAUUACUGUAUAACUGUACACUGUAAUUGAGCAAAUAUAGAACAGACUAUGUGAAUAUCCAAGGGUGCAGUCGGUUAAGAAACACAGAAUAUUCCAGUUAUGGAAAAUGCAUGAAUAUGAUUUUUUUUUUUUGGGGGGGGUGUAUUCUAAAUGAACUUAUUUAAUUCUUAAGUAGUUUAUUUCUUUUCUUUGCUCCUUUUGAGAGUCUGUCGGGACUCCUUUGAAAUGUUCUUCUGGGCUGUGAAGAUAUUGUGUCAAUGCACUGGUCUUGGGUUUGUGUUUGUGUAACGGAAUGUGAAGUUUGUCUUCAGACUGACAGAGGUGGCAGUGUGGGCUGAACGCCAGUAGUGACCUAACUUAUCUACUGAAGAUCUCCUCUACUGUGUUUGCCUCCCGCCCACACAGCACUUCAUCACAGUCUACUCUGCUGCAUGGUGAUCAAGGAGUUAAGGUUCCCAACUACUGUAGCUAUAUCCAGUUAACAUUCUGCUUUGGUAUUUUCUGCUUUCUCAUCGACAUUAAGUAAGCGUUGUGGGUAAUUUAUUUAUAUUUUUAUUUGACACUUGUUUUCUAACUGUGCGGCCAAUGAGAAGGUUUCACACUGAUCUAUGAGAGAGAUGCUCACCUGCUCAUACCUGAGUACUCCUGAAGGUUAUUUGUUUCAACAGUAAAGCCUGAGUACUCCUGAAGGUUAUUUGUUUCAACAGUAAAGCCUGAGUACUCCUGAAGGUUCUUUCUGUUUCAACAGUAAAGCCUGAGUACUCCUGAAGGUUAUUUGUUUCAACAGUAAAGCCUGAGUACUCCUGAAGGUUAUUUGUUUCAACAGUAAAGCCUGAGUACUCCUGAAGGUUCUUUCUGUUUCAACAGUAAAGCCUGAGUACUCCUGAAGGUUAUUUGUUUCAACAGUAAAGCCUGAGUACUCCUGAAGGUUAUUUGUUUCAACAGUAAAGCCUGAGUACUCCUGAAGGUUCUUUCUGUUUCAACAGUAAAGCCUGAGUACUCCUGAAGGUUAUUUGUUUCAACAGUAAAGCCUGAGUACUCCUGGAGGUUCUUUCUGUUUCAACAGUAAAGCCUGAGUACUCCUGAAGGUUCUUUCUGUUUUAAAUGGUAAAAGCUGAAGAAUCAGAGAGCAGCACUACACAAUCCUAAUUUGAAUGUCUGUGUGUAUCUGUUUGAGUGCUCCUAUGUACAUACUGUAUGUAUGUACAUGUGCGUGUUUUGUACUGAAAGCGUAAUCCUUACUUUUGAAGGGGGAGAAUUGGCAUGCUUGAUUGCACCAUUAAAGCUUAUUUAACUGAGAUUUAUUGCUGAAAAUAUGCCUUUAUGAAAAUUACAGUUAUAAAUGAUAGAUUCACGAAAUCAUGGAUACUAUUACAUUCAAGAGGAGAUGUAUUUAAUCGUGAAAUGAUUGAGUUAACCUUAAUAUUAUAAUAUCUCAUUUUCAUUUGAACUGUUCUUUAUUUCAAUAUUUUAUUUAGGAUUUUUCACAUUUUUAGGAAUGUGAACAUUCUGAGAAAAAAAUCUGCAACUCAAAAAAUGUUUGUGCACAAAAAUCAUGGAAUCAAUCAAUCGAACAAAAGCAAAAGUUGAACUCUACACAAACUCAGUUGUUAUUAGUAUGGUUAUGAAUGUCUGCACAUUGGCAUGUCUGGCAUGUCCACACUGGUCCGGGGGUUUGGUUUGCUCUUCAGUGGACGUGGUGGUGGCAGCAUCAGCUGGUGACAUGGGUGCUCCUUGCCAACUGCACACACUCAUGGCAUUUUGCACAGUGGUAAUUGAUCUCUUUGCAUCCAUGGAAAAUAUAUCAUAUGUGAGUUAGCUCUCUAUUUGAAGACUUAUUUACAAUUAUUGCUGACUUCUUAUUGUACUUGACCGCCUUAAACUACUGUAAACAGCUUGGUUUAUUUUCACGUUAUCACUGGAACACUGAAAGUCUGUGUAACUGGACUGUUUAUUGACCUUUUUGAAAUGGAAAGGAAGCUGUGAAAUGAUCCAAUAAGCAUCUCCGUUUACAUCAAUCCAACUUUGGUUACUUGAAAACAGGAAAGGGCCAAUGGGGGGAAAAAACAUUCAAAUGUAGACGACAAUGAAGAGAGGGGAGGGGGGAAAUAGAAAGAAAUUGGUUGAAAAGGACAAUCACUGUCUGAAAAAUAAGCAGAUUUUGAUUCAAAUAUAUUUGCUUCCCUGUCAGAUUUGGUUUAUUUUUCUGGAUUUAAGCAUUUAGCUUUGACAAUCAUAGUAUGUCUUGUUUUUUUCUCAAGGGGAGUAAAUUCUAAGGCUGUUUAGUUUUGUACUUUUUUGGUGUGCUGUUGUUGAAAUUUUUAAAUGGUGUGCAAACUGCAAUAAAUUAUAAGAUCCUUAAAACUCAA